AUGCCUCGCCUGAGCAACGUGGUGAUCGGAAUUCUGAACGGCUGCACUCUGAUAAUUGGCCUAGCCGCAACCAUCGCCUCUCUGUACUUACGAAUCCGCGGCGUCUCCACCGACUGCCAGAAGGUAAUCGAAAACCCUCUCCUCAUUCUCGGACUCCUCCUCCUCGUAUUGUCGCUGUUAGGUCUGGUCGGAUCCAUCUGCCGUCUCAAUUUCAUGCUCUACCUGUACCUCACGAUUCUGUUUCUCCUAAUCCUCGGAACCCUGGCCUUCACGAUUUUCGCGAUUUUGGUCACGAACAAAGGCGUCGGAAGGACGGUGUCCGGGAAAGGAUAUAGUGAGUAUCGCCUUGGAGAUUACUCGCAUUGGCUGCAGAAAUAUGUCGUGAAUGAAGAACAUUGGAAUGAGAUUAGGAGCUGUUUGGUUGAUGCUAGGAUUUGCGAUAGUCUCCAAAAUAACAUUCCUCAAGUUCCCGGUGAAUUUUACAAGAAGAAUUUGUCUCCUAUUCAGUCUGGAUGCUGUAAGCCGCCAUCGGAGUGUGGAUUUGAGUUAAAGAACGCGACGUUGUGGACGAUGCCGAAAUCAGGGCCGGCGGUGGCGGAUACGGAUUGUAAAAAGUGGAGCAACGAUAAGUAUGGUCUGUGCUACGCGUGCAAUGCGUGCAAAAGCGGAGUGUUGUCGAACAUCAGGAAGGAUUGGAGAUCGUUCGCCAUUUUUAAUGGCUGCGUGCUUGCGUUCAUUACCAUUGUGUAUUGCAUCGGCUGUUGUGCAACGAGGAAUAACAAGUCCCGUUCCAGUUACCCCAUCAUGUACGGUGGCCGUGUUUAA